CCUCCUCCGGCUCAGGCCUCUCUUGGUACGGUUAACAGCUUUACCCACCAACAUGCCUUUCGUUGAGUUGGAAACCAACUUGCCGGCUAGCCGAGUACCAGCGGGGCUGGAGAAGCGGCUGUGUGAGGCCGCCGCCGCCAUCCUGGACAAACCCGAAGACCGCGUGAGUGUUACGAUACGGCCUGACACGAGCUUGUUGAUGAACGGAUCCACAGAGCCCUGUGCCCACCUUCUGGUCUCUUCCAUUGGUGUUGUGGGCACCGCGGAGAAGAACCGUGGUCACAGUUCCCGCUUCUUCGAAUUCCUCACCAAGGAGCUCGCCCUGAGCCAGGACCGGAUAAUUAUCCGCUUCUUCCCCUUGGAGCCCUGGCAGAUUGGAAAGAACGGAACUGUCAUGACAUUUCUGUGACUGAAACAAAGAAUCCUGGGCAUCUGCUGAGCCUGGCCAGAACCCUUCAGAGAGGCCUCCUGGCAGAGGUGUGGCCUAGUGGAUACCACUGCAAGAUACUUCACUGCACAGUUUUUCUCUUCCCCAGGCUCACGAAUAAGUAAAUGAGAGCAAAUAAAUGAAGAGAACAUAAUCCUAACA